AUGCUAAUGCUGACUAAUUCUGUGUUUUUGAUGGCAACCUUAAUUCGGCUUGCUCAAGGCGUUUCUCGAGGACUCGUCCAUCCAGUCGCCAGUUCUUCAGUGAUAAAAAGGUCUAUUGCAUCUAUGGCCGCGGAAGCGUUCAAGAAGCACGAGGUAGUGCCGGACGUGCUGGCAACAGCACCCUCGAAAACUGUGAAGGCAGUCUACGACAGCGGCGCUGAGGUUACUUUGGGCAACGUCUUGACACCAACACAAGUGAAAAAUCCUCCAAAGCUAACGUGGGACGCCGAACCAGGGGCUCUGUACACAGUCAUCAUGACAGAUCCUGAUGCUCCUUCACGUAAAGAGGCUACUUUCCGUGAGUGGCACCACUGGUUAGUCACCAAUGUGCCUGGGAACGAAAUUGGCAAGGGCGAUGUUCUUUCCGAAUAUGUUGGAUCUGGACCACCAAAGGGGACUGGGCUCCAUCGUUACGUUUUCCUCAUCUACAAACAAUCCGGUCGUAUAAGCGACUCUGAACACGGUCACUUGACGAACCGUUCUGGGGAGGGAAGAGGAGGAUUCAAGACUGAGAAGUUUGUUGCAAAACACAAACUAGGUACUCCCGUAGCAGGCAAUUUUUACCAGGCUGAGUGGGACGAUUACGUACCAAUCCUUUACAAACAGCUUGGUGCCUAA